AUGGAAGACGACAAGGCCCCCAAGAUGGGCAUCUCAGGAACUGUCGUCGAGGCCGAUGCUGCUGUUCGGGGCGACAUUGAAGCUUUACCAUUGGGGACUAAUCAGGCUGGGGUCAAAAGAGACCUCAAGCGGAGGCAUAUCAACAUGAUAGCUUUGGCGGGCAUGAUUGGCACGGGCCUUUUCCUUGCAUCUGGACAGGCAAUUGCAACAGCUGGGCCGGUCGGAGCGUUGCUUGGAUACCUUGUGAUGGGCCUCAUUACCUGGGGUGUGGCUCUUAUGACUGGCGAGAUAUCUGCCUUCAUGCCAGUCACUGGCGGCUUUGUGAGACAUGCUACGAAAUUUGUUCAGCCUGCUCUCGGGGUGGCUACCGGAUUCAACUUCUGGUACACCAUGGCUAUCACAGCCCCUGCCGAGUUAUCUGCUGCUGCGACAGUGAUCAACUUCUGGAACACAUCCAUCAACCAAGCAGUGUGGUUCUCUGUCUUUAUCGUAGUCAUCGUGGCUCUCAACUUCAGUCCUGUCCGGGCUUACGGAGAAAGCGAAGUCUUCUUUGCCGCACUAAAGAUUCUCCUCAUCAUUGGUCUCAUCAUUGCCGGCAUAGUUGUUGAUCUCGGCGGCUCGCCUGGACAAGAUCGAUUGGGGUUCAGGUACUGGAAGAACCCAGGACCUUUCAACAGCUAUCUGGUUCCUGGAAAUACGGGUCGCUUCUUGGGGUUCUGGUCUACGCUGAUCUCGGCUGCCUACAGUUUUGCCAACGUACAGGUCAUAGCUCUCGCAGGCGCCGAGACGCAGAACCCCAGGAAGGUAAUACCAAAUGCGGUGCGAAUGACCUUCUGGCGUAUACUCGUCUUCUACGUGCUGUCGAUUUUCGUCGUUGGCCUCCUGGUACCUUACAACGACCCGAACCUUGGCAUAUCGACCGGCACCGCACAGCAGAGCCCAUUCGUCAUUGCAUUUCAGCGCGCUGGCAUAAAAGUCCUACCAAGUAUCAUCAAUGCCGUAGUCUGCACCAGUGCGUUCAGCACCGGCAGCUCUUGUGUCUUCCUAGCCUCGCGUACGCUUGUCGGCCUGGCUGAGGAAUCUCAAGCGCCGCAAUGCUUAAAGUGGACGAACCGUUUCGGAGUGCCCUACAUCGCAGUCGGCAGCAGCUGUAUCUUCCUUCCGCUGACGUAUCUGGCAUUGGGGACCAGCAGCAGUGUGGUCUUUGGCUGGUUCGUCAAUAUAACGACUGUGGCUGGCCUGAUCGGGUGGCUCGUGAUAUGUGCAACAUAUCUUCGCUUUUACUAUGGCCUCAAAGCUCAGAACAUCGAUAGAGAUCGUCUGCCAUACCAAAGCCCUUUGCAACCUUAUAUGGCUUGGUCCACCCUUGGGGCGCUGGUACUCGUGAUCCUCUUCUCAGGCUAUAGCGUGUUCUUCCCUGGACAUUGGAGUGUCUCAAGCUUCCUCACUUAUUACAUUGACAUUGCUAUCUUCAUUGUCUUAUGGGCCUUGGCCUGGGCGGUUUUCAGAACAAAAGCCGUUUCGCUCAAAGAGAUGGACCUGUCGGAGAUCUACGUUAUUGAACAGGAGAAGGAGCAAGAGGUUGACAUGAGCGUAGGUGAGCCUCGUAUGGCAUGGUGGCGAAAAUGGAUCAUAUAA